ACUUCACCGGUAGACCAACAGACGUCACAAAUAACUUAGUUUUCUUCUUCUAACGGGAAAAGUAGGACAGAAAAUGUCGGCUUUUCGUGUAGCUCUAUUUUCAAGACAUGCCCUCAGGUGUUCAAGGAGUCUCUCAAGACAUUACGCUGGUCUGGCGGUGCCGAAUAAUCGGUUCUUGUGGGAGAAGGCGCAGCCUACGCAAGUGUUCGUUCAGCAAGGUCCAGCCAGGCUGUACUCCUCCAAGGAUAACGAGACACCUUGGACAGAUGUGAAAUAUGACGAACUCAAGGCCCUGAUCAAGUCAGGCCAUGUCCAGCUGAUCGAUGUGCGAGAACCCGAGGAGAUCGCCAGCACUGGUCUCCUUCCCGGGGCAAUCAACAUUCCCUUGGGGAGACUGCACCAGGCUCUAAACUACAUGUCAGACCAGGCUUUUCAGAGCAAGUACCAAAUACCGCAGCCCAAGAAGUGGGACAAUAAUAUCCUCCUGUACGGACAGGACUUUGACAGUGUUCGGGCCAGUGCCGCACUGGAACUCUUACAUAAGUGGGGGUUUAUCAAGGCACGCCACUACAUCGGUGGGUAUGCAGAGUGGGCAACAAAGCAGCAGAGUUAAUCGGAAGAGUGAUUCUUUGGAGGCCAUACAGGAUGACUGGAUGGUUUUGUUGACUUUCUUUCAACAGAAAAAGAGGUGUCAAUGUCUGCCUUCACUACAUUGGAAGGAAAACUCCAUUUUUUGUGUUCUAGUGGUAAUCUCUGCCAAACUUACAUAAAUAGUCACACCUAAGUUGACCAUGAAUAAGUUUCUUUGUUGCAUAACUCCAAAUGUACAUCAGCAGGGGGAGCACAAAUGCUUCCUCUGAAUUGGG